GCGCGCGGGGCGGUUGGCCGCGCCUGGGCGGCGGCCGUUGGAAGUCUCCGGCCCACCAGGGGAGGUCGGGCGUCCGGCUGGGCCGCGGCCACCAUGACCAAGGACUCGCCCAGCCCCUCGGGCGGCGGCCGCGCGUCGCCCAAGAAGCAGGGCAGCCCUGGCCCGGCGGCGGCGGUGCUGGAGGAACAGAGACGAGAGUUGGAGAAGCUGCGGGCCGAACUAGAGGCAGAGCGGGCGCGCGGGCGGGCCGAACGACAGAGCUUCGCCGCCCAGGCGCGCCAGCUGCGGGGGCUGGUGAACCGCGCCUACUGCGGCCGCGCGGGGGCACCCGAGGUCUCCGCAACGCAGUGCCGCUGUCGCCUGCAAGAAGUAUUGGCACAGCUGCGCUGGGAGACGGACGGCGAGCAGGCUGCGCGCAUCCGCCACCUGCAGGCGUCGCUCGACGUGGAACGCCAGCUCUUCCUUAAGUACAUCCUGGAGCACUUUCGCUGGCACCCCUCUUUGUGCAGGCCCCCGGGCCUCCAGGCCUCGCGUUCCUCCGAAGAACAGCUCCCAGAGAUCGCGAGGAGAGCUCGCCGCACCUCAAAGGCCGCUUGUCGACUCGGAUCCCUCGAUAGUCUGAGCACAGACGUCCUCAUCCGCUCCCGCUCCCUAGACCUGGUGCCUCUGGCAUGCUCCAGCCCCCCAGAUGGCCUGUUCCCCACGCGCGCCAGCUCUCUCGAUUCCUUGGCACCAAUGCGUUCCCGCUCGCUUGACAGCACCCUGAGUCGCCCUAAGGCCUCUGAAUCCGAGGAGCGGACCUCUGAAUCCGAGGAGCAGGCCUCCUCUCCAGAUGCCUCCUUCCCGGGCUCCUUGAGUCCCCCGCCACCGCAGCCGCCGCUACCACCUCUACCUUCGGCACACACGAAAUCCAACCCGCGGGAAGGAGAAGGCUCCGGGAGCCAGCUCUGCGAAGCCCUGACUCCCUCGCAACCACAGCCGCACCCGGACUACCACCGGCUGGUGAAGCAGAGCUCAGAGCUGGCCGAGGCGUUGCAGGUGCUGGCGCAUCGCUACUCUGCCCUGCGCGAGGAGAACUCGCAGCUGCGGCGCGCAAGCUUCACGGACGAGGCGGACGAGAAAGUGAAGCGGCUUAAGGUGAAGCACGCCGAGCUGACCGGCCUUGCUCGGCGCCUGGAGGACCGGGCCCGUAAGCUGCAAGAGACCAACCUGCGGACCUUGAGCGCCCCUGUGCCUGGCGAGAACAGCGCGGGCCUGGAGCUGUGCCAGGCCUUUGCCCGCCAGCGCGCUCGGGACCUGUCGGAACAAGCCAGCGUGUUGCUGGCCAAGGACAAGCAGAUCGAAGAGCUCCGGCAGGAGUGCCACCUACUGCAGGUGCGCGUCGCCUCCGGCCUCAGCGGUGCUCCACAUCCUGGAGGAAGCGCACCCUGCACCCAAUGGCUCAACAUCAGCGACUUGGACCGGCUGCAGCGAGAGUCUCAGUGGGAGGUGCUGCGCCUACAAAGGCAGUUGACCCUGCAACAAGUCAAGGGCGCCACCCAGGCAGAGGCAUCUGUCCAGAGCUCACCGUGCGGUGAGGCGCGAUGCCAGGUGCACGCGCUGGAGCGCGAGCUGGGCGCGCGACAGCGCGAGUGCGAGGAGCUGGGCGCGCAGGCCGUGGCGGCGCGGCGGCGCGGCGAAGAGGCCGAGGCGGAGUUGCAGGAGGCGCUGCGCAAGGGCGCCUGGCUGGCGGACGAGAACGCGCGGCUGCAAGCCUACGCCGACUGGGUGCGGAAGGUGGUGGAGGAGACCAGCGACGUGCGCGGGCAGCUGGACCGCGCGUGCCAGGAGCGCGACGCUGCAGGCCUCCUAGCAGAGCAGCUGCUGCGNCAGGCGGCAGGGGGGCAGGACAGGCAGCAGCAGCUGCAGCACGACCUGCAGGAGGCCCUGAACGACCUCCAGGCAGCCCGGAAGGAGAUUCAGGUACUGCAGUGUCAGCCUGGCCACCCUGGGGAGCAUUCCCGAGAAGCCACCCAACCUCUGGAGUCCCAAGCCAGGGACAGCGGAAUCCUGAAGUUCCCGCAAGGGCCUGAAGAUCAUGCAUGGCUCAGCAGAGAGAAACAGGGGCAAAGGGAAGCCUCCCCUACAGAGGGACCAGUGGCUGCUGGGGAACCAGAUAGUGCUCCCCAAGUCUCAGACAGAGUCCCUCCUGGCCAGUCUCUGGACUCCAGAUCCCAGACCAAGAAAAGCAGCUCCCAGUCGAACUCCUCCUCGGAAGUAGAGUCCAUGUGGGCCACCGUGCCAUCCUGUCCUACCCUGGACAUGGACACAGCCAGUGAAGUGGAUGACUUGGAGCCCGAUAGUACGUCCCCAGCCCUGGCAGUGGGAGGAUCUGAGGCCCCUGCAGCCCCCAAGCCCAAGAUCUUCCUGGCUCGGUAUAGCUAUAACCCAUUUGAGGGGCCCAAUGAGCACCCUGAGGGUGAGCUGCCCCUCACGGCAGGGGACUAUGUGUUUAUCUUUGGGGACAUGGACGAGGAUGGCUUCUAUGAUGGGGAGCUGGAGGAUGGCCGGCGGGGGCUGGUGCCAUCCAAUUUGGUGGAGCAGAUUCCAGACAGCGACCUCCAGAGCUGCCUGCCCCCCAAGUUCCCUGACCGUAGCUCCAGUAGAGUCCAAGCAGGGCAGAGCGAAGCUGCAAAAGAAGACCGUUUGUCACCCAAUCAAGUCCAGGGAGAGGUGGACAGAGGGCCAUGCCAGACGGGAAGGGUGAGUUCCGACUCCGAAGUGGCAACAGAGGUAUUAGAGAAUGAAAAGAAAGCUUGCCGAUGGGGCUCGCUGCAGAAGACAGAGGAGGAUCAGGACUUCUCCAGGCCCCUUUUAGGGGCCCAGGGGGUCCUCUGUGGGACCCCCAUGCAACUCUACCUGCAGAACGUCACGGCCACAGCAGCGGAGAUUACUUGGGUCAACAGCAGCAGCUGCCAUCCCCAUGUGGUGUACCUUGAUGACCAGGAGCGUGCCCUGACCCCCGUGGGUGUGAGCUGCUACACCUUCCACGGCCUACACCCUGGCACGCAAUACCAGGCACGGGCGGAGGUGCGGCUGCCAUGGGACUUGCUGCGGGCACGCUGGGGGACAAUGUCUUCCACCGUCACCUUCGACACGCCUCUGGCAGGACCCCCGCACCCUCCACUGGACGUGCUGGUAGAACACCACACCUCGCCGGGCCUCCUGGUGGUCAGCUGGCUCCCCGUGACCAUCGACUCAGCUGGGUCCUCCAAUGGGGUCCAGGUCACUGGCUACGCCGUGUAUGCCGACGGCCUCAAGGUCGCGGAGGUGGCCGAGGCCACUGCUGGGAGCACCCUGUUGGAAUUCUCCAAGUUGCAAGUGCCCCUGACGUGCCAGAAGAUCUCAGUGAGAACCAUGUCACCCCAUGGCGAGUCUCUGGAUUCGGUACCGGCUCAGGUUCCCGAGGACGGCGCCCGCUGUCAUAGACUUCCAGAGACCCUUUCCUUUAGCUAUACCUGCGGUGACCCGUCCACCUGCAGUGUCCCCUUCCCCGUCUGUCCUCAGAAGCUGGCACUGGUUCCUCUGAGCACCAAGGCCAGUCCCCAUACCCCCGGAAACUGCGGGGAGCCCCAGGCCAAAUUCCUAGAAGCAUUCCAGGAAGAACCCCCAAGAAGGCAGUUCCCAGUGUCCAACCUAAGCUCAGAAGGAAAAUGUCCAAAUGCAGGGUUGGGCGGCCAGGCCCAAGAAGGCCCCACAGAGACCCCGGAGGGGUACGGAAAAGACCUCUUCUUUGAGAAGAGUACCCAGAACCACAGGGGCCAGUCUAGGAGCGAAGAAAGCCAGCGCGUGGGCACCAGCAAAAGCCCUGCUCCGGGGUCUGGCCUCCUGUCCUCUGAGCGUGGGCCCAGGAAAGACCCUUGUCAGGAAAAGGCUGCCCUUGAGAAGACCCUAAGGCCAAAGCAAGAUACCCAACUGUUCACAGCGUCCCAUCUGGGCCCCAGCCAACAAUUCGUGUCUGACUUCCAUCACAUCUCAGAGGAGGAGGUGGCCAUGGGCUCAGGCCCAUGGAGCACGGAGAGGCAAGGGCAGAGAAAACAGCUCAGGCCCCAGAGCGGGUGUGGGCAGGCUCCAGGAGGCAGAAAAGAACGCCAGCUCCACAAGCCCAGCUCCGCGCUGUGUCUAGCCCCGUCCAGCAACGUCAGUACGACGUCCAGGGCCGGCUCCCCGCAGCUGGCGGUGGGGGCCAACGCUUCGUCCAGGGUCUUUGUGGCCCUCUUAGAUUAUAACCCUCUGGUGAUGUCUGCCAACCCCAAGGCUGCAGAGGAGGAGCUGACCUUCCAGAAGGGGCAGUUGCUAAGCGUGUGGGGCUCUCAGGAUGCCCGCGGCUUCUACCACGGCGAGUGCAACGGGAGGGUGGGCACCAUCCCUGGGCACCUGGUGGCCGAGAUGGCCGUAGGCACAGAGCAAACUGAUGGGGGGUGGCCUUCGCUGGUGGAAAGGCAUGUGCCCUCUGUGGCCCACCUCAAGGACUUUGGGGGGCUCGCCAGCUGCCAGAGCCCCUUCUCCACGCCCCAAGGGCAGUCUAGAACGCCCCGUUUAUGGGCUCCGAAGACCAUGAUGGCUGCUCUGGACUAUGAUCCCAGAGAUGGGCAAGUAGGAGGCCGGGCAAAGGGCAAGCUGGCACUGAGGGCAGGGGACGUGGUCACUGUCUACGGGCCCGUGGAUGACAAAGGGUUCUAUUACGGCGAGUCAGGCGGCCACAGGGGCCUGGUCCCAGCCCACCUGCUGGAUCACGUGCCCCUCCAUGAAGAAUGAGCAAGACUCACUCUCAGGGGACUGGCCUCUGGCCACCCACGCCCCACUGGGGGAGAAGCAAGUAAUGUGGGCCCUCCCACCAGCACCCCUCCUCACUACCAUAAGCAGCAUUUACUCCAAGCGCCAUUGCAUUAACCCAAUGGCAGCCCCCAAGUAUCUCCCAGCCUCUGACAAAACAGGGCUUAAGUCUGAGCUGUUUCCAAAAAGAAAAUAAAACUAGCCAAGCCCUCCCCUCCCCGCCAGAGUCUGACAGGCUGUUUCAAAGGCGUCAAUCAGGGAAAGGUAUUUGGAGAAGAGCCUUUUUCUGUGAUCAACGUGUGUUUCCUUUAGUAGUUUAUUAUUCAAGAAAAGUCUGCAUCUUAAACAAACAAAUAAAUAAAAACAAAAUGCAA